AAAAUUUGAGAGGUGCACGCGAUUCAAUUUGGCUUCUUUAUGCCUCCAGAGGUUCCGCAAUUGCGUCACACCAUCCACACGGCGCCUCUGACCACAUUUCGGAUCAGGCAUAAAUUGGCUCUAACAUUUUAAAUGCCAGUUGUCAGAUGAGCAGCGAGCACAGCGCGAACGGUAGCAGCUGGCCAGAGGACAUCAUAGCGCAGCGCACAGCUCUGAUCUGUACAAGGAGGAGGAUGCGAGUCUUCGCUGUCAUCUGGGCCAUUGGGUUCUUCUUGAAGGAAGCGCAAGCCUGGGGCUUCAGAAAUGGAAUAUUUCAUAACUCCAUAUGGCUGGAGCAAGCCGCCGGAGUCUACCACAGGGAAUCGCGUAAAGGGAGAUACCAGCUGACUUAUAAGGAAGCCAAGGCCGUGUGCAAAUACGAAGGAGGGACACUGGCCACUUACGAUCAACUGGAGGCUGCUCGUCAGAUAGGUUUACAUGUGUGUGCGGCUGGAUGGUAUGACAAAGGACGUGUGGGCUACCCUAUCGUCAAAGCCGGUGCCAACUGUGGUUUCGGCAGGGUUGGCAUCAUCAACUAUGGGUACAGGUUGAACAAGAGUGAGAGAUGGGACGUCUACUGCUACAACCCCAACUCAAAGGAGUGUGGAGGUACUCUGACAGAUCAGCAAAGGAUCAUCCAGUCACCCGGUUACCCAGAGGAGUACCAGGAUGAGCAGAUCUGCUACUGGCACAUCCGUGUGCGCUACGGACAGAGGAUACGCAUGCACUUCCUGGAAUUUGAUGUGGAGGAGGACACGGCCUGUCUAUCAGACUUUUUAGAGAUCUAUGACAGUUAUGACGACAUCACUGGCUUCGCCGGGAGGUACUGUGGAGAUUAUUUACCAGAUGACCUCAUAAGCACAGGGAAUGUGAUGACACUAAAGUUUCUGUCCGAUGCCUCUGUAGUCGCAGGAGGCUUCCAGAUGGAGUACAUUGCUGUGAACUCUUCUCUCCUCCACUUCCAGAAUGACACCAGCUGUUGCUUCACCUGACCAAUGUUUACUUAUUUUUUCAGCAUGAUCAGCUUUUAUACAGGUAACAAACUAAGAUUAGGAGAACUCCCUUUAAGAGUGUGCUCCUAAUCUCAGCUCGUUACCUGUAGAAAAGGCACCUGGGAGCCAGAAAUCUUUCUGAUUGAGAGGGGGUCAAAUGCUUAUUUCCCUCAUUAAAAUUCAAAUCAAUUUAUAACAUUUUUGACAUGCGCUUUUCUGGAUUUUUGUUGUUGUUAUUCUGUCUCUCACUGUUCAAAUAAACCUACCAUUAAAAUUA